GAAUGGGCUGGGCUGUGUGCGCUGGAGGGAGGGGUGGGGAAAACUAGCGGGACGCGGCUGCAGCGGUAACGAAAACUGGAACCGCCGCCGUCGCAGCAGCAGCAGCAGCAGCAGCAGCUGGAGCAGCCGUAGUGCCUGGGGCUGGUAAGGGAGAAUCCGGGAGCCGGGAAGGGCGCGUGGCGGCUGCGUAGCUGGGUCGCGCGCGCGCGCGGAAGCAGCGGACAGGACUUGAGGCUGGGUGAGGCGGCCGCCGACGCGGCGACGGCGGCAGCGGCAGAGGCAGGUUCACCUGCUGGUGGGGGAACCCGCCACUUCCCUGCCUCCUUCCGAAACCGCAGCCUGGUUGCGCAGGGAGCGAGCGGCCCGGAUUUGGCAGCAGGUUUUAGGGGUUGGGGGAGAGGUUUGUCGAUGUCGGAGUCUUCUUGCCAUCUCCUCGAAGCGGGGAGCGGCCGCCUCUGCUGCUGCUGCAGCGGCGCCUCCUCCCGGCUGGGCUGGUCCCCCUCUGGUUAGUUCUGCCUGACGUCGGCCCCGGGCUGCCGCGCUUUGCGCAGAGCGAGGGACCUUCGGGCUGCCGGGGCUACCGAGGGCUCCCUGGCCCCUGCGCUGACUGACGGUUCUUGUGCCUCUUCUGGGGAGUCGGGGAGCUCCCGUGUGAAGCACCGCGCCCCUUCUCUCGUUUUAAAUGACUGACUCUUGACAGGCUGGCUUUGGUCACCUCGGCUUGUUCGUGGGAAACCCCGGACUUGCUGGAAAGCGGGAAGGGGGCCCAAGGUGAACUUUUCUUAGGGACUCGGGCGGCCCAGAGGCUUUCCCAUGGCUUUUUUCUGUCAACCUGGGCAUUCAAUCCGGACCGUGAUUGCAGGCAAUUAGCGCUGUCUCUUAGACCUGUCUGUCUCCCCUUCUUCCUCUUCCUAUUUUUUCUUCCUUCUCCCUUUUCCUAUCUUGUGUCUCUCUCUUUAUCCAACCCUACAACCCUCCUAAUCUUCUUUCCCUCCUUUCUUCUCCCUCUCCCCCCCUCACGCUUUCCUUCUCUUACUUUCUCGUGUUCCCCUCUUCCCUUGUCCUCUUUUUUCCUCUUUCCUCUUGUUUCCCUUUCUCCCUCUCCUCUGUUUUCCCUCUCUCCAUUUACCUUUCCUCUUUUUUCCUCUCUCCCUCUCUCCUCCCUACCUUUUCUUCUACCUUCUCUUCUGUCUUCUCCAUCUCUCUUCUGUCUUUUACUUCUCUUCCUCACUUCUCGAUCUCUACUUUCCCCUUCUACCUCUCCCUCUUUCCCACUCCUGUCUUUCUUCCUCUCUUUUUCCUCCUUUUUUCUCUCCCCCCGUUUAUAUCUUUCCCACUUGCUUCUCUCUAUUCAUCUUCCCUCUUUCCAUUCUCCCUCCUCUUCUCUUCUCUUUUCCCCUAUUCUUUAUAUCCCCUCUUUUUCUUCGACUUGAGAUAAGCAUGUUUGUCUCUGGGUGAGGACCAACGACCCUGCUAGAUGACAUGUUUUUUUUUCUUUCUCUGGUCUCCCAAGUGGAAAGAAAAAAAGAAAAAGAAAUAAUGCAUAGUUAAGCAAAAGUAGUUACUGUAUCUGCCACUUCCGAAAAAUAAAAGUAUGUCUAAUUCUGCAUCUUGAGUCGUCCUCUUUGUCAGGAAGAAGUAUAUGACCCAACACUCAAUUGAGGAAGCUCGUGAUCAUUUUGAGUGGUUUUCCAGCUGGACUUGAUUUGUAGAGCACUUGAAAUGAAACUCACUCAACUCUUUUUAUUGGCUUGGAGCCCCUAGUACAGUGACUUCUGAACAAUAAGAAAUAAUACAGAUCAUCACUAUCAUCAAAAACAUAUGAACUGGUUUGAUGUGAAAUGAGAUGAGGCUCCGAAAUGGAACUGUGACAACCAUAUUAGUUUUUAUCACUUCAUUCCUCAGUUUGUCUUGGUUUAUUUCAUGGCAAAAUGGAAAAGAAAAAUUGAUUGCAUAUCAGCCAGAAUUUCAUGCCUUGAAACAACGUCUCCGUAUAGCAGAACAUAGAAUCUUGCAGCGUUCUUCAGAAUUAAAUGCAAUCCUAGAGCAAUUCAGACGUGUAAUAGCAGAAACAAAUGGAACCAAGGCUACAUCAAGUAAUUUUUCAGAUAAUACCUUAAAACUUUUAAAAGACUUAAUGAACAGGAAAUCUCUUCAAGUGCCAAAUAUUUAUUACCAUUUGCCUCAUUUGUUGGACAAUGAAGGAAGCCUUCAACCUGCUGUUCAGAUUGGUUUUGGACGAGCAAGAGUUUCAAUAGUAAUGGGAAUUCCCACAGUGAAGAGAAAAGUAAAGUCAUACCUUGUAGAAACUCUUCAUUCUCUUAUUGAUAAGUUAUCUCCUGAAGAGAUGUUGGACUGUAUUAUAGUAGUUUACAUAGGAGAGACAGAUCUAGAUUAUGUACACAGUGUUGUAGCCAUUCUGGAGAAAGAAUUUUCUACGGAAAUAGAUUCUGGUUUGAUGGAAAUAAUAUCACCUCCUGCAACUUACUAUCCUGACUUCACACACUUAAAGAAGACAUUUGGAGAUUCAAAAGAAAGAGUAAAGUGGAGGACAAAGCAAAACUUGGAUUAUUGUUUUCUUAUGAUGUACGCUCAGGAAAAAGGCAUUUAUUACAUUCAGCUUGAAGAUGAUAUCGUUGUUAAGCAGAAUUACUUCAGUACAAUAAAGAAUUUUGCACUUCAAGUCUCUUCUGAAGACUGGAUGAUUUUGGAAUUUUCCCAGCUUGGAUUCAUUGGCAAAAUGUUUCAAGCUUCAGAUAUCACUUUGAUUGUAGAGUUCAUAUUUAUGUUUUACAAGGAGAAACCCAUUGAUUGGCUCUUAGACCACAUACUCUGGGUGAAAGUCUGCAAUCCUGAAAAAGAUGCUAAACAUUGUGACAGGCAGAAAUCAAAUUUACGAAUUCGAUUCAGGCCUUCCCUUUUUCAGCAUGUUGGUUUGCACUCAUCACUAGAAGGAAAAAUUCAGAAACUCACAGAUAAAGAUUUUCUGAAGCCAUUACUUCAUACAAUGCAUGUAAACCCACCUGCAGAAGUAUCUACUUCUCUGAAGGUCUACCAAGGACACACACUGGAAAAAACUUACAUGGGAGAGGAUUUCUUCUGGGCUGUUACCCCUAUUGCUGGGGACUAUAUAUUAUUUAAAUUUGAUAAACCAGUUGAUGUUGAAAGCUACUUGUUCCAGAGUGGCAAUCCAGAACAUCCAGGAGAUAUACUGAUAAAUACAACCGUGGAAGUUUUGCCUUUUAAGGGGGAAGAGUUGGAAAUAAGCAAAGAAACCAAAGAUAAUCAAUUAGAAGAUGGUUAUAUCAGAAUAGGAAAAUUUGAAGGUGGUGUGGCAGAAGGAAUGGUGGAUCCCAUUCUAAACCCGAUUUCAGCCUUCCGUCUUUCAGUCAUACAGAAUUCUGCUGUUUGGGCUGUUCUUAAUGAGAUUCAUAUUAAAAAGGUUCCAAACUGAUCAAGUUCUCUUAAGAAAUCAAGAUAAUUUCUGACAAUCUCAAAGGAACCUUUCAGCUCUGAAACUGACUCCUUGUAAGAUUGUUCUUUUAAAAAAAGGAAAAAAAAAGAACCAAUUCAAGACAAUGAAGCAUGUUUCUAUUCUCUUUUGUAUUUCACUUGAAUACUACCUCUUGUGAAAUCUACUGUAGAUAAAAUUGUAAUAAGCCUUUUGUCAAAUCAAUCCCAAAAAUUAAUCUCCCAUCCAUAGUAUUCACAUGAAGCCCGCGUCCUUUAUUUGAACAUCAUUUGUACAUUUUUACAAUCAUACUGUAUUAGUAUUGUCUUGUAUUAUUUUGGUAUUUUCCUAAUACAUAAGAGGUGUACAUAUUGUUACAUUCCUUCAAUAUGAGAAUGUUAAAUACAUUUUAUGAAAGGGGUACUUUUGGAUUUCAUUUAUUUUACUAUUGCAAAUCCCCUUUUAUAGAUUAUCAGGGAUAUGUAUAUAAAUAUAAAUAUACAGAAAACAUUAAGUUAAUUUAUUGAAAUUAUUUGAGGAGUAAAUAUUUUGGUGCAAAUACUUUGGAUUACUUUUUAAAAAUAGAUUACACCUUCCUUUUUUUUUUAAGUUUUAUGUAUUUUUCUUUGAAAAUGAAAACAUUUCAAAUGGUAAUGUCUUUUCAAAUGUACUGCCAAUAUAAAUCCAGAUGGGUUUCCUAAAUGGACUUUUGUAUUCUAAAGGAUGUGAAAUAGUGUAUUUUCAAAGACAUCAUUCCUUAAAUCUCCUUAUUUUGAAGAUCAGUGUCCUUGAAGGUUAUAACACUGUACUAUGUACAGCAGCAAGGCCAUAUACAAAGCUGUUUGAAAAAUUAAAAUUUUAGCAUAUAAAUGUGAUACAUUAAAAGUGACAGGCUUAAUGUUUCCCUGUUAAGCAUUGAAAUAACAAAUUGUAUUUUCUUUUUGAUCUUUGUAAUCAACUCACUAUUCAUUUGGUUAAAUAUUACCUAGAUAUACACAUUCAUGUUUUCUAAGUUUGGACACAUUUUUUGGUAACACUUGUGUCAAUUUUUUUCCUAUGAAAUGUUAUUGUAUUUACAAAUUUAAAGACAAAUGAUAUGAUGAGUUUUUAGUGAGAGGUACUGUUGCAACCAUAUUGUAUUUUUCCACUAUGGUUUAAUUUGCAUUUUAGACUUGUAAACUCAAGAAAUACUAUUGCACAAUUGAUUUACAAAGAAUUACAAUACUACCUAGUGUAGUUUUUAUCUUAGUAAUUUCAGAAAUUAUCUUCAUAAAGCUUUUCUUUUAUUAAAGCUAAAAAUGUAAGGAUAAUGCAAAAUACAAUUAUUUUUUAUUAAUUUCAUAUUGAUUUUCUUACUCAUAGCUUCUUGCCAAAAUUUUUUUUCUCAUUUUUUAAAGGAUACUCAAAUUUUAGUUUAAACUUUGUGCUUAGGGUUUUUAUAUAUUAUUUCUGAAUCACUUUGGCCAAGAUUCCUAAUGAUUCCAAAAUCAUUUGAAAGAAGUAAAAAUUUUAAGGCAUUUUUGGCACGAGAAAACUUGGUUGUUAACAGCAAGUCACAGAAUCAUUCCAAAUGCCAAGAGCCCCUCAAAGAUUCAGCCAAAUUAUUAUUUUAAAAAUUACCUUGGGACCAGAUUGGGGGACCUAACUAAAGAGCACUGAGAAACAUGUAUACCUGCUAUGUAUCACUCCUUACCAUUUGAAAUAUUCAUUCCAGUCAGCCUCAUUGUCUUCCCCAUUCAUUCCCCACCCUUACUUGAUCCUGCUGGUUUCCUAUCUGACUGACUUCUCCAUGAAGCUUUUAGUAAUCAAUUACUUCCCUUCUCUGAACUUUUGACAUUAUUUCAGACGUUCAAACAUAUUUUGUCUUCUCAGCCAGAUUUCCAGCUGGUCUUCCUUUUUUCUGAGCUGACUUCAAAUUCAAAGCCAGUUAGACCAGGGUUUAAGGGUGACUCUGGGCAAAUAAGUUAAUCUCUUAUGCUCUAGAUGCCGAUCUAUAGUGAUUAGAGGGAGUUUUCUCACCUCUGGGCUUCCUAUGCCAAUGAAAUCAUGAAUCCGAGGCUCAAAUCUUUACCCUUAUUUGUUCCUGCAUACCCCACAAUGCCUAGCCACGUUAGGCACAAAGGUGCUCGAUAAAUCCUUGUUGGUUUGUUCAUUGCUUCUCCUGCUUCUAGAGCAAUCUUUACAAAUUAAGGGCUCCAGUAUGACCAAAAGAACCCUAUAAAAGAAUUAUAGCUUAGUUCUUCAAAAUGAGGUUGUCAUCAGGUAUAGAAAGCAGAAUUGUGUUGUACAGGGGAAUGGAAAUUUCUGAAAGUGAAGCUAUGUUUGAGAAUUGGUGAAUAGUAAAUAUAGGUUUAUCAUGACUCAAACCUCUUUGUUUCUGUUGAGUAAUAAUACACUUAACUUUACAUUCAGAAUUAAAUCAGAAAACAUUAAGAUACUCAAAAGUGUACAGAGAUGAAUAUUUUAGUUGCAUUGAUAACUCAAAGCACAUGACCAUAUAUGAUUUGUAUAAAAAUUAUCCAAUGGUGAGUUAUUUCAUGAAAUGUGUUUUGAAAUGGCUAAGCUUCCCAUAGUGCUUGGUUUUAGAAGGAUUUACUGGUUUUUUUGUUUUUUGUUUUUUUGGUAAAACAUUUCUAUACAGAACUCUGAAGGCUGCCUUGCAGGAUUUGAAAAAUCUGUAGCUUUCACAACAAAAGCUGUUUGACAGUAAUAUCUACCAGUAAUAUCUACUAACUGGUCACUCAGAGACAGUAGUUUUUAGAAAGAUUUAGAUUUUUAUUCACACAACUAUGUCAUGACCUAGUCUAGCAGUCAUAUCCCUAAAGCUUUACUCUAUAUAUUCUCAGGACCAUGAUUAUAGACUUAAUUGGGAAAUCAGAGGUCAUAAAUGGAGUCAGCACAUCCUAAUAGUUAUAGGAUCCCAGAAUUUGUAUUAAUUAGAAUGACAGAGGAAAAGUACACUUAUUUUUCUGGAAGGAAUUAGGUUCUUAGAGAAGGCAUAGUAAACCAUUAGGUAAUUAAGACCAUUAUUAAUGAAUUUGCCCAAUUAGUUUUGCCUGAACCCAUUUUGGACUUUUAAGUUAGACAUACCUGCAUUCGUAGUAAAAACUAUUUCUGUGUUUUUAUUGUGCAGUGUUCAGACUAUGUCAAAAGACUUGAUUGAAAGGAAGAACUAAAACUUGGCUGUUUUAUAUUUGUCUUUAUUAACCAGUACAAAACAGUUAUUCCAACUAAAUUCUGCAUUUUUGUAUGUUGGAAACUGUUUAAAAUAUACCCAUCAUCAAUUAGAAAAUGUUUCUAAUGUUCUGAAUUUUGUCAUGUGUUAUUUUUGUGCUUGUCUAAUACUGCCAUGUCCUCGAGAUUCCUGAAAUAACGAGAAACAGAAAUCAAGGCAAGAAAAUAGAAUACCAUUAAUUAUGUGACCAGAAAUGCUAUUCACAAAGUCCACUCAAUUUUCCCAGAAUAAGCUUAUGAUGUAAGUUUUUAAUUUAUUGCAUUAUGGUUUUGAACUGAUAAGUGCUACAGUAGCCAAUGCUUUUUUGCUAUAUUCAUGCAUGUAAACAUUAAUGCUACAAGAAAGUAAUAUCCAUAUGCUUUUGAGAAGCAAUGUUUUAUUAGUCACAUGUAUCAGUGACAUUUUGGACCAUUUCAAAGGAAGAUGUCUGUUACAUUAGAUCACACUAUGAAGAUGCACUCUAGCUUCUUAAUGCUGAGAGAACACAUUGUUUCAACAAAGGUAAAUAAAAAUAUUUUAAUGCAAAGUAUUCCCCAAAUAUUGCUAACAGUUUAUUGAUAAUAAUUGUAAACUAUAUAAAAGCAGUAGUUGUAUUUUUUUAAACUUUUGAUUCCAGGUCCUAUAUUUAAAUGGGGACAUCAUGCUUUUAAAAAUUUUGGGUAAACAAUAUGGAUACUUUCUGCAAAGAAAUGUUUUUUAACAUCCUUGAUUAUUAGGCAAGGGUAUUCGAGUAUUACCACCUCUUAUAGUUGUGCCCUUGUAUCAGCAGCUGAUGCUAGAACUAUUGCUUUUGUUCGGUUGGCAUUACACUUUAUUUUCUCAGCAUUUGCUGAAUAUACCUUUUGAGGAUCUACUUUUUCUGAGCCUUAAAAUGGCUGAUAGUGACAGUACUGUAAAGAUGCACUGCCAGCAAAUCAUUUUGUUUUGGCAUACAAAUUUUUCCUGAUAAAGAUAUAAAAUAUUUGUUUCGAUACAACAACAAUUUAAGUGUGGAUAGUUUUUCCUUUUUUAAGAGGUGUUGUUUGGAGAGCUCUUCCCUAUGGAAUCUAUCUAACAGGUUCUGCGAGAGGCUUUUUUAUUCAAAAACUUGAUCCAUGUUUCCCUUAAAUGUCCUCAUUACUCAAUUCUGCAGUAAUCCUUUUGAGUACUUGUAAUUUUUAUAGGUAGUUGAGCCUUUCUUUGAAAUCUUGCUGCUAUAAAUUGAAAACCUGAUAAGAGGUUAUGUCGAUUGUGCCUUUCAUCACUGUUCUUUCUGUGCCACAGCUGUCAUGUGUAUUUGAAAUAAAGAUUUUUUUUUAAUUCAA